AUGAGUCUAACACGGCCAGCACGAUGCCUUUUCUGCAGCUUCACUCGUGCUGCCACACCUGGCACGCGAGUUCCUCGUCGCCAAUUCCAUCCUACUCCCGCCUCUCUCUCGAACCGGAAACCGAAAUUUCCCAAUGUUAAAGCCCCUCAGACGGGCGAAUUCAAGCCCUAUACGGAAGAGCAGAAGGCCGAGCUCGCCAAGCAGUACUCCGAAUCGCAGAUGGCCGCCAUCAACGCCGGCGAGGCGGCUAUCGACCCGAAGGACCUGGCCGAGCAGCUCGAGGAACGAUCCGAUCCGAUGAAGUUCAAGUAUGUCGACGACUUCUCAGUGAUUGAACCCGGUAUCGACCGACACCAGCGCGCCCCGGAGUCCAACUCGGACAUCAAUUUCAAGAUGAAGACCGAGGAUGAUUUCGCGGAGGACUGGGGCCGCUACUUCGUUGAGCUUCCCAGUGAAGAUCACGCGUCAGGUUCAAGCUUCGUGAAAUUCGCCAACAGCUUGCGGGUCACCCACGGCAAGGAGGAGAACGAGCUGAACCCGCACAGUGCACUUGUUCCAGACCUUUUCGGGCCUGGCGAGACCAUUGACGAGCCCCGUGUGGAAGAACGCAAGACUGCCGCCGAGAAAGGCGAGAAGGAGCGGUCGGCUGCAGCCGAGGAAAUGACAGAUGCUUUGAAGAGCCUUCUCCUGAAGACAGGCUACACCGAGCAACAGGUUAAGGGCCUCCGCACCAAGACCCUUGUUUCACACAGCGUCACAAACCAGACCCGUCUAGGAAAGGUUCGCCGUGCAUACCGUCUGUCUAUUGCCGGCAAUACAAACGGCCUGUUGGGUAUUGGUGAGGCCAAGUCCGACGAAGCUGCAGAUGCAGUGAUCCAGUCGCAAUAUCGUGCCAUCCGCAACAUGCAGCCCAUACCCCGUUACGAGAACCGCACCAUCUACGGUGAUGUCAAGGGCAAGGUGGGAGCCACGGAGUUGCAGCUUAUGCACCGCCCCCCAGGCUUCGGUCUCCGUGUCCAGUAUCUCAUUUGGGAGAUGUGCCGUGCAUGUGGCAUUCACGAUCUGUCGGCCCGUGUUGGUCGGUCAAGAAACCCCAUGAACACGGUCAAGGCCGCCUACGAGGCCAUUAUGAGCCAGCGUAGUCCCGAGCAGGUCGCUCACGCACUCGGCAAGAAGAUCGUCGACGUGCGCAAGGUGUACUACGCUGGCAAGGUUUAG